UAAAAGGCUUGAUUGCAUUAAAUUUACAACAAAUUUAUGAAAUUUUACAACAUCCAAAAAUAGAUCGUAGUAAUCCAACAAAUUUAUUAUAUCAUAUUUUUAUGCAUCUAUCAAUUCUUCUUGUGAUGCAUGGUGGUGAACACUAUCAACUAAAAAUUAAUCAGUUUAAAAUUGAUAGAAAUGGCAGUAUACAGUUUAUUCGUUAUACUUCAAAAAAUAAUCAGUGUGAACUUCAAACAGGUCAAGCACAAACUAUUUCAAAUCCAUUAGAUACUUCUAAACCUUAUUAUAAUAUUCCUGAACAGACAAUUAUGCAACUUACAGGACAUAAAAGCGUUCAAGGAAUUCAUGCUUACAAGCAGAUUAAUGAGGAUCAACAACUUCAUACUAUAAAUACUCUGAUCAAUAUUACGGAGGCAAAUAGUGAUAACAAUAAUAGCAAUUCAA